UUCGAAAUUAGAUUGAAGGAGACGCAUGAGGUGAAUCAAAUAGAACGGAUAAAGUCCAUCCCAAAGUUUAUAAAUGGUCGUGAUCACCAAUUGUCUCAUUUAGUUGGGUUUAUUUACGUCGUCUGUAAAGUCGUGGGGUUAAUUUGUAAUUGUAUUAUAUACUAAAGUUUGUUACAGAAAGUUUCCAAUUUCAGAGUUUUUGGGGGUGUUAAUUUAGCGAAAAAUAAUUACGUCCGAUAAUUCAAUGUAAAAUAAAACCGUCUUAAAGUUUUGAAUUCAGUCCGAAAUGAGACUGAAACGGAUCUCUGGAUGCUCAAUAAGAAGAGUCGUCUCGAUAAGUAUAAGUUUAUCCCUAUUUCUAAUAAUUUUCUGUGAACGUGGAGAUGCACAAAGGAGGCAAAAUCCUGACCAAUUUUUGCAAUAUCAAUACCUUUACCAACCCCCGGAUGACACGAGGCUAAUCUCACAACCCACCCCUGCCGACGAUAGAACCAUAAUUUCUGACCUUAUCGGCUUUUCCGCGUUCAAAUUGAUGUUCCUCCUCUCCGUGCCGAUGAUCUUUUCUAUCUUUUUGGGAGCCAUGUUAGUCCUUCUUUUUCCAUUCCCUCUCAUCACGUCAACUUCCGGUCUCGCCGGUGCGGCUGCAGUUGGACGGCGACAAGGCCGCCUCACCGAACCACCCCUGGUGGACGAGACGUUCGAACUUCUGCAAUUAUUGGGCUUACAAGAUCACACCCCAGUUUCGAGAACGAUACCAAGUGGGGCGCAAUAUUUCCCUAAUUCUGACGCUCUCCUGGAGCCUCGAGUGGAUGAAAGUGACAAGGUUUACCCCAGAGUGAAAAAACAGUUCAAGACGUUGCCAAAGUUGAAGAAAUUGAAGAUUUUGUCAUCCUCUCCUAGUUCCGGUGGGUCUCCUCCCAAGGGGAUGAGCAACAUGAUGAAUAAAGAUGACGAAAGCUGCUUGAAACGGAUAGCUUGUGAAAUCGGGAGAGAAAAUAAAGACAAACAUUCGAAAGAGUUGGUUAGCAAACUGAUUAAUAACAUGUCGCAGAAAAACCAGCUAAAAUACGCCAGCACGAUUAGCGCGUACAUGGAUGGAGUUCAGUCUCAGGGGGUGGUUCUCAUUUCGGAAAGCCCGAAUCCACCACCCCCUCCGCAAGGGCCGGUAUAUCGGCACAAUUUCUGUCCGAGGUACAAAUGUACAAUGUAAAUAGUACAAUAAACACACUUAUAGGAUGGGGUUAUCAUAUAUUUAAUCGUAUCAGUAUUAUGGUGUAAAUGUAUUUAUAUAUUUUUUAUUGCUAAUGUUUACCUUUAGGAUGAAUUAAAAAUACAGUGAUUUUAGUAAAUGUGUACAUAUUUACAUCGCGCAUGCAAUACUUAUCACUAGUUACAUAUGUAAAUGAAGGGUGGCUAACCUAAUAAAAAAUUCCAUUAUUUA